CACAUAAUUAAAUAUCACAGGUCAGCAAAGGCCAACAAGAAGCAGAUCAACACGCCCAAAAAUAUGGUGAAGUCAUUGUUGCACCAGAUACUUGCUGGCAUCCACUACCUGCACAGCAACUGGGUGCUGCACCGAGAUCUGAAGCCGGCAAACAUUCUGGUCAUGGGUGAAGGUCCUGAGAGGGGAAGAGUCAAGAUAGCCGAUAUGGGGUUUGCCAGAUUGUUUAACUCCCCGCUGAAACCUUUAGCUGACCUUGACCCAGUUGUGGUGACCUUUUGGUACAGAGCUCCUGAGUUGUUGCUAGCAGCCAGGCACUACACCAAGGCAAUAGAUAUCUGGGCCAUUGGGUGUAUAUUUGCUGAGCUGCUGACGUCAGAGCCCAUAUUUCACUGCAGGCAGGAGGACAUCAAGACCAGCAACCCAUACCACCAUGACCAAUUGGACAGAAUCUUCAAUGUCAUGGGUUUUCCUUUAGACAAGGACUGGGAGGACAUCCGGAAAAUGCCAGAGCAUCAGCAGCUGAUGAGGGACUUCAAACGAUCCAGCUACGUCAACUGUAACCUGAUGAAGUACAUGGAGAAACAUAAAGUCAAGGCAGACAGCAAAGCUUUUCACCUGCUGCAGAAGCUUCUGACCAUGGACCCCACAAAAAGAAUCUCCUCGGAGCAGGCCAUCAAAGACCCGUACUUCACCGCUGAAGAGCCACCACCUUGUUCAGAUGUUUUUGAGGGAGGACCUAUACCUUACCCUAAAAGAGAAUUUAUUUCUGACGAUGACAACGAGGAUAAAUCAGAUACAAACAAACAACAGCAGACAGCAGGAGCUGCAGGAGGCGCAGGAAACAACCAGGGGUCCGAACACAACCAACCACCUGCCAAGCGGCCACGCCUGGCAACAAAUUCCAGCACCAACUCAAUGGUCUCUGCUGAAUAUCAGCAUGUGCACAACAUCCAGGGUGGAGCCAGCAACCAGCAACAGGGCAUGAACUACCAGACGGGCAGCAACUCCCAGCAGACGUCAGCCUCCUCCACAUUCGCCUCCCGUAUGAUAUGA